AUGCAGUAUAUUUCUGAACUGAGGAACACAUCCAGUAUGAUGGUCUCAUCCACUGUGAGCGGAGCUACAGACCAGUACAACCAGGGACACAUCACUCUGAUCCUGGAGAACUCGGACCUAUGGAAGUCCUUUCACGAACUUGGGACAGAGAUGAUCAUAACUAAGCCUGGACGGAGGAUGUUUCCACAUUGUAACGUCAGUGUGUCUGGACUUCUGCCAUAUGCUAAGUACGUCAUCAUGGUAGACAUGGUUCCUGUAGACAACUUUAGAUACAAGUGGAAUAAGGAACAAUGGGAAGUAGCAGGGAAAGCAGAGCCACACCCCCCCUGCCGAACAUACAUACACCCAGAUUCCCCUGCACCAGGAAGUCACUGGAUGAAACAGUCCAUUUCAUUCCUGAAGCUAAAACUCACUAACAACACCCUGGACCAGCAUGGCCAUAUUAUCCUGCACUCGAUGCACCGCUACCAGCCUCGUUUCCAUGUGGUGCAGGCCGAUGACCUUUACAGUGUGCGAUGGAGCGUCUUCCAGACGUUCAGCUUCGCUGAAACUACUUUCACCUCAGUCACAGCUUACCAGAACAGCAAGAUCACAAAGCUAAAGAUCGACCAUAACCCGUUCGCCAAAGGCUUCAGGGAAGAGGGCACUCAUGGAAAGAGAUACAGAGCUAACAAAAGUUUAGCUUGUCUAGAAAAUCCAACAAAGAAAUUGAGGUCCACAGAAAAAGAAACAGAAAGCAGAAGCUAUCCAGAUUUCCCAAGGCUUCCAUAUGACCCACAAAGAGAGGAGCAAGAUGCUCUCAUGGGUACCAAAGAGGAACUUGUGCCUCAAGAUGAGCAUAUGUCCCCAUGGGGUGGAGAGCAGGACCAAAACCUACAUAACGAGACUGCUAUGGAUUUCUGCAGCUCCGAGCAAAUGGUCCCUGGACAAGUGACCUACCAUUUCUACAGACCUGCUGAAUUUGGAAGAAUGCCCUCCCCACCUUCUUGUCAAGAUGACAGUGUUGAUCGUCAUAGUUUUGAGUCCAGAGCAACUGAUGUGGCCACAGUUCCUGACCAAGAGAUCACCAGGCCUUUGCCAGCUGUAGGCAUGGGCUCCCAGUGCAGGCCCUUGGACUUUUCUAUGAGCCAGAAUAUGUCAGUGAGCUCAAAAAACAAACCAGGACAACGCACUCACUCUCUCUAUGGCCAUUAUAACACAGAACAGCCUUUAUCCCAGUGGAGCGGAGUCAUAUCUGGACAGUAUUCUGGCCCCACUUAUCCCCAUUCACACCACGUCACAGCAGAACCUGGCAUGCAUCCACCUGGAUAUCAUCAUGGUAACGUAGCAGACUGGAGCCAAUAUCCGCUUUUCUCUUACUCCUGUUGGUGA